AAUAAAACAAACAGUGGUCGGGAAAAUUACUGCAGGGAAAGAGGAGAGAUGCACAUAAUUCCCGCGGUGCAUUAUUAAGCGUCAUAAAAUCUAAAAUCCAGCCAUACAAUUAUUUCCUAAAACAAAGGAAACGGAAACUUAAUUUUGGUCAAUUACUUAAAUGAAUACUUAAAAUGCAGCAACUGGGGGGCACAGAAACUAAACUGGACAGGAUUCUCUUAAACUUAGGUUCCCUCUCUGCUGCCUCCGGCACAUGGCACACCGGAACUAACUGGAUGGACGCACAGAAAAAAAAAAACACAGAAGAAGAAAAUGCGAUGUCGCAUUCAGUGACAUCAUCAUAGUGGGCUGAGCCUUUGUAACACCAAUAAUAGGGGAGUUCCUCGGGACCUCCGGCAGGAACUCCGAGGCCGCUCCUCUCUUUCUCUUGUGUCAGAGCCUGGUGCGGUUCGGGAGGCUCGGAGGAGCAGCUGGAGCGGAGAUGGAGAUCGAGAGGGAAGUGAAGAAGAUGUCUCUCGGCCAUGAGUUCGGAGCGGGGACCGCUUGUUUGAAAUGCAAGGACAAGUGUGAGGGCUUCGAGCUGCAUUUCUGGAGAAAAAUUUGUCGAAACUGCAAAUGUGGUCUGACGGAGCACGGCGUGCAGAUGAACACGGAGGAGAACAAGAAGGUCGGCAAACUUUUCGAGGACACCAAGUUUACCGGCCUCAUUGCCAAGCUGAAGACGGACGGCUUCCCCGGGUACCCGGGCAGCAUAAUGACCAUCACUUUGCCCAGCCCCUCCACCGCCCACAGCGUCUCCCCCACUGCCUCUUCAGCCGCCGUCGGACCUGCAGCCUCCGCUGGAACGCCUGUGGCUUCUUCACUAGUCAGAGCUCAGGUUCAGCCUCAGCCCACUACUGUCAGCGUCACACCGGUCAAGGCUGACAAAGUACCACUGACCGCGAGCGUCACCACAGCCAAUGUGGAGCCGGUGCCCAAAGAUGCUCCCAUGUAGUCGGUCACCUAUGAGUGGGCCCCACCGGUCCCCAACAAACAUCUGGCCGUACGCUACAUCCAGCUGCUCCCCCCAGAGAAGCGUCCGGUGGCCGGUACCGAAGGAGCCGUUUAUCGCCGGCAGCAGAUGGCGCAGCAGCUGCCUGAGCAUGACCAGGACCCAUCCAAGUGCCACGAGCUAAGCCCUGCCGAGGUCAAGAAUAGAAAGUAGAAAGAGGAGGCCCUGGGGGUCGGGGAUGUCCUGCUGCCGGCAGAGAUAGCUCUUGUCCAGGCAGUCAGGCAGGGCGGAGGUGUCGCGGGGGCUGGAGGUAAGCCUGGCUCGGGUGCUGGUGUUGGUGCCAAUGCUGGAGGUGAGGUUGGUGGAACUGGACCAGGGAUCGUGAAUGCUGGAGUUGGUUCCGGCUCCGAAAUUGGAGGACCAGGAGCUGGGCCAGCGUCGGGACCUAAAGCAGGACAGUCUGCUGGCUUUGGACCCACCGGAGGAGCCAUGGGAACUGCUGCUACUGCUGGAGCCAUGAACAGCGGACAAGCACUCAAGAGCUUUUCAUGCCAUCACUGCCAGCAGCCCAUGCAGCAGGGCGAGCCGGCUGUCUACGCCGAGCGGGCCGGCUACGACAAACUUUGGCACCCCGCGUGCUUCGUGUGUCGUACCUGCAACGAACUGCUGGUGGACAUGAUCUACUUCUGGAAGAAAGGCAACAUGUACUGUGGACGACAUUACGGAGACAGUGAGAAGCCUCGCUGUGGCGGCUGUGAUGAGCUGAUCUUCAGUAACGAGUACACCCAGGCCGAGGGACAGAACUGGCACCUGAAGCAUUUCUGCUGCUUUGACUGUGACUGCAUCUUGGCUGGAGAGACGUAUGUGAUGGAGAAUGAGAAACCCAUCUGCAGGCCCUGCUACAUGAAGAACUACGCUGUGAAAUGCUCCUCCUGCCAGACUGCGGUCGACCCUGAAGCUCAGAGAGUCUCCUACGACACUCUCCACUGGCACGCACAGCCGCAGUGCUUCAAGUGCUCCGGCUGCAGCAAGGGCCUGAUCGGCCAGCGCUUCAUGGUGGUGCAGGGCUUCGUCUUCUGCUCCGUGGAGUGCAAGAAGAAAAUCCUGAACUAGAGCUCCAGAAAAACCAAGAGCAGCAGAGGAGUUAUGGUUUCCACUGUUGAGACCUCACUGUAAGAGCAAGAGAUUGUACUGCUGUUGGGGUUCAGGGGCGUCCUGCUUUGAUGCACCAUCUGUAUGAUUCUUGGUUCAACCUGUGUUUGUUUAGUGAAGUUCUGGAAAAAUUCCCCCAUAAUCAUCUCUGGUUCCUUUUGUAUGCACUUCUUUAUACACUGCAGUAGUGUAUUGAUUUAUGGACUUCAUGAUGAAGUCUUUGAAUAGAUUUAUCUAACUGCUCAUGAGAAACAAAUUCACAAAAUCCAUUUUGACAUUUCCUGCACUGAUUUGGGGACCAUGUGAGGGGGUGUUUACGGGGGCUCUCUGUAAAACCUGCUUUAUUUUUCACCUUCAGUUUCCUGCUGUGGUGGAACGUUUUUCUCAUUCUCCAAGCUCUACUGCCCUGAAAGUUUCAUUAAAAACACGAGUGAGAUGGUAAGAGCUUUAUGACACUUCAAGGUCAUGAGUAAUAUAAAGAGACUGAAAUGUAAAUCUAAUGUUUGUAACUCGACCAAGUACUGUAUUCAUUCAGUGUGAGAAACAUCCCGAAGAAGAAGGGAAGUCUAAUGAAACUCACCUUUAACUUUUUCUCUCCAAAUGAUGAAAGGAAAUGCUGCA